AUGCAAUUUCGUGUUUGGUUUCUAGCUCCAUUUAUAUUUGGAACCCUUGUGACUGCUCAAGAUGCUGCUAGCCUCGCUGAUGCUCAAGCUCUCUUGGAGUUCAAAAGCACCAUCUGGCUGGACCCGCUAAAUAUUUUCAGUACGUGGAACAUCCCUGGUGGCAUUGGCUCUAGCGCUUGCAGCUUUACAGGCAUUACAUGUGACAGUGGCGGUGCCUUCAGGGUGGUGUCUGUAGCGCUUGAGAAAAUGAGACUACGUGGUAUCGUCUCAAUCGCCGUUGCCAACUUGACUCAGGUGGUCAGCUUCGACAUCAGCAAUAACGAGUUCAUGGGAGGAGUUCCCGUAGCUUUUGGGUCAAUGCCAUCCUUGCAGUUCUUGGACCUUAGCAAUAAUCAGCUAUCUGGUCUUGUACCGUCUGAUCUCUCAUGGCUAUAUAACCUGCAAACGAUUAAUCUAGCCAACAAUCAGCUGGCAGGGGGUCUUCCCGCUUUCUAUUCAUGGGGGCUUCAGAGUAUUGAUUUUUCAAACAACACCAUUGAAGGGCCCAUCCCGUCGAGCUACGCCGAGUUAGCUAACUUAUUAGUUUUGAGCCUCAACGAGAAUCUACUCGGGGACGACAUUCCCAAGCAGCUGGGGAAAUAUGGCAAGCUUACCCAUGUCAAUCUCUCCUUCAACACUCUGGAGGGCAAAAUCCCCAAGCCUCUUGCUCGAUGCCCAUUGAAAUUCUUCUCCGUUGAGAACAACUCAUUAAGUGGGGAAAUACCAUAUUCGACCGUAAUGAAAAAAUUCGCUCCUGAGGCGUUUCUUGGCAAUCCUCUACUUUGUGGGCAAGUCAUCGGUAAAAAAUGUCCAGGAUUUCCCUUGUGGGCUAAAAACUUUUUGAGCGCCUUUUUUCCGCUACUGGCAGCGGUGGGCCUUUGGUACUUUUAUCAAUGGAUGUUCCCGCCUGGUGACUAUGCCAAGAGAACUAUAAUUAAAAUUACGGACGACUUCAACAAUAGCAACCUGAUCGGCGUAGGAGGAUAUUGUGCAGUGUAUAAGGGAGUUUUUACUAGUGGCAGAGUUGUUGCUGUGAAACGAUUACGGCCAGAAUACUAUGGCGGUAAUGUGAAGAAAUUCGAUAAAGAAAGAAGAAUAUUGAUAAACGUCAAGCACCCAAAUAUUGUUAGAGUUUAUGGUACUUGCUGUACCAAAAGGUUGAAAGUUCUUGUGCUCCAAUAUGUUCCGAAUGGAUCUUUAGACAGAAAAUUACAUCAGAGUGGAAGCUCUUUACAUUGGAGCUCGAGGAUAGAUAUUGCAGCAGGAAUAGCACAAGCACUGGCUUAUUUGCAUGGAGAGUGGAAAGGAAAACGUCACCCCAUGUUCUGGGAAACCAAGGCUUCGAGUGUCUUGCUGGAUGACGAUUACAAUGCUCGCUUGACUGACUUUCGCUUGGCGAAAGCAAAACCUGAAGAUAAUACCAAGACACCUUUUAGUGGUUCAAUAGGCUAUACGGCACCAGAUGCAUCACAGGGUGGUCUUCCGGGCCUCGUUAGACAAGCAUUUCCACGUAAUGUGAGAUCCAUUUUUGAUCCACAACUCGGAGAUGACGUGAGACGGGUAGAGUAUUUUGAUCAGAUGACUAGGUGCACAAGGAUUGGUUUAAUCUGCACAAACGAGUUGCCGGAGGAACGACCAAGUAUGCAGAACGUGCUUUUCAUGUUUGGACAAACAUAUUCGCCUCCCAGAGCAUUGCUGCCUCUGCCAGGAUGGCUCUUAUUGGCUCUGGGCGUAGCUGAGGAUAAUCAUACUGAAAGACCAACAUGGUCACCUUGGUCAUUGGUACCUUUGCCAAUAUGGCUGAUGAUGUUGCUUGGGUUCGCCCAAGAAAAUGGUCCCCAACGACUGCCGAAUUCCAUGCUUCUGGCAUAG